GCCAUCUCCCAACUUCUUUUUUUUUUUUUUUUUUAAGAGCGUUGUGCACUAUGCACUAAAUUCUUUUAUAUAGAAAAGCACCAUUCUAUGAGAGACUUGUUAUUUUCUCUGUUAUGUGCUAUCGUGGCAUAGUUGUGGGCCCAUGCACAGAGGUAUUCUGAAUUAUCUUAACUAUCGAAGAUGGGUCUCGGGUCUCCACCUAUGCAUUAUCAUCUCCAACGCCAUGUUCCUCCUUUCCGGCUUACCUCCCCUACUGCUGCCGCUUCUUCUUCCUUCAACCUCUCCACUUCUCACACCAUCUCUCUACAAUUCUUCUUCUUCUUCGCCAUCUUUCAUAUCCCCUUCUCUGUUCGUGGCUCUUCAAUCUUGGCCCCUACAUUCGAUGGAUUCUCCAUUAGUCAACCCCAGAGGGGGCAAGAGCUGAUAAUCUGGACCUUGGUGAAGCAACUCGCCUCUUCCAGCUCCCCAUUUUGGAUGCUACGAACUGGUGAACUGAAGCUUGAUCUAGGAACUUCUUGUUAUAUGUCCUGAAAUUUUCUUCCUUUCCCGAUUAGCAUUUGAAGUCAGCGACGAUGGAGUUUUUCUGGUCUGUGAAUAGCUAAGUUGAUCAUAAAUAUAAGGAAAAACAUAAUCUUUUAUCAUUAUAGUUUUAUCGAGUUUUUUUUUUUCAGUCCUUAUAGUUUUUUUUUUUCAAUGUUUUCAAGCUUUGUAGUUUCAAAAAGAUUGAUAACCUUUGCUUUAUAGGUCUCUGUAGUUUUCAUUUUUUUAAUAUUUUUAAUCCCUAAAGGGACUGAAAACAUUGAAAAAGAACUACAGAAAUUAAAAGUAAAACUUAAUGAAACUAUAAGGACCAAAGAUUAUAUUUUCCCUAAAUAUAAUAAAAGUGUCUCUGUACAUUGUCGAGAAGGAAGACAUUGUUGAUAUGUGUAAUUUCGUCAUUGAUAUGUACAGGACAUUGAACAUUCGCUUUUGAUUUCUCAGUUACUUGCUAGUUAAAUGCAAGGUAGAGUAAGAAUUGUCCAGCAAAUGCAAGGAAGAAGGAGACCCAGAUCACAUGAUCAAAUGGGUCAGAAUUGUUGUUAUUGUGAGAUUAUGAAGAAGAUGAUGGAUUUCCAAUAGAAGGGCAAUUUCACUCUUUAAAAAGAUUGUUUAGGGAGAUAUUGCUUCACCCUUUAAUACAUGGUGCCCAAUACUCUUCAAAAACCAUUUAGGGAAAAAAUGGUCUUUAACUCAACAAUUGAUCUUAAUCUUUUUUUUUUAUUUUAUUGGAUUUUCUAACUCACAAUUCUGGGCUAAUUAUAUCCUAU